UUGAAACAUAAACCCUAGUUGCUCCAAGCUCACUCUCCCCCAUUUCAAUGGCCGCAGCAGCAGCUCGUCCCCUUGUCACCGUGCAGGCCCUGGAGGGCGAUAUGGUUGCAGACGCAGCUGCAACCAUUCCCAUCCCCGAUGUCAUGAGGGCCUCCAUCCGCCCUGACAUCGUCAACUUCGUCCACUCCAACAUUUCCAAAAACUCCCGUCAACCUUACGCCGUCUCCCGCCGCGCCGGACACCAGACCUCCGCCGAGUCCUGGGGAACUGGCCGUGCCGUCUCCCGUAUCCCCCGUGUUCCCGGUGGCGGUACCCACCGUGCUGGCCAGGGAGCUUUCGGAAACAUGUGCCGUGGUGGUCGCAUGUUCGCUCCCACUAGGAUCUGGCGCCGCUGGCACCGUAAGAUCAACGUCAACCAGAAGCGCCAUGCUCUCGUCUCCGCCAUCGCCGCCUCCGCCGUUCCUUCCCUCGUCCUCGCCCGCGGCCACCGCAUCGAGACCGUACCUGAGUUUCCCCUUGUCGUCAGUGACUCCGCUGAGGGUGUGGAGAAAUCCAAGGAGGCUAUCAAGGUUCUGAAGCAAAUCGGAGCCUUCCCUGAUGCUGAGAAGGCCAAGGACAGCACUGGCAUUCGUCCUGGUAAGGGGAAGAUGCGUAACCGUCGCUACAUUUCUCGCCGCGGUCCUCUCAUUGUUUACGGUACCGAAGGCGCGAAAGCGGUGAAGGCUUUCCGUAACAUUCCCGGUGUUGAGGUUGCCAAUGUGGAGAGGCUCAACCUUCUGAAGCUUGCACCUGGUGGGCACCUUGGGAGAUUCGUCAUCUGGACAAAAUCUGCUUUCGAGAAGCUCGAUUCGAUUUAUGGGUCGUUUGAUAAGCCAUCGGAGAAGAAGAAGGGUUACUUGCUUCCAAGGUCAAAGAUGGUGAACUCUGAUCUUGCUAGGAUUAUUAACUCUGAUGAGGUUCAGAGUGUUGUGAGGCCUAUCAAGAAGGAUGUGAAGCGUGCCACCCUCAAGAAGAACCCACUGAAGAACCUCAAUGUGAUGCUCAGGCUCAAUCCUUAUGCUAAGACUGCCAAGAGGAUGGCUCUGCUCGCCGAGGCCCAGCGCCUUCAGGCUAAGAAGGAGAAGCUUGAUAAGAUGAGGAAGAUCGUCUCUAAGGAGGAAGCUUCUGCCAUCAAGGCUGCAGGAAAAGCAUGGUAUCACACCAUGGUGUCAGAUUCAGAUUAUACAGAAUUCGACAACUUCUCAAAAUGGCUGGGUGUUUCACAGUGAAGCUUGUCAUUUAUAUUAUCACAUUAGAUUUUUUUUUGUAUGUCCUAAUGUUCAUUGAGAGAUAAAUUUCAGUUGAUUUGAGUUUUUAGCUAAAAAUAUGGAUUCAGUUCCAUAACAAAGUUCAAUUACAUUUCUUGUUGAAUUACUAUUGAAAUAUAUUAGUGAUGAAAACAAAGGACCAGACUACAUGAUCUUGGUUCCUGUGUUUUCCUGUCAGCAAUAAGGCACCAAAACAUUGACUUGCA